AUGAUAUCCCAUGAGGACGUUGUUGUUGUAGGAGCACUCCGAACACCCAUUGGAAGGGCGACGAGAGGGAAGCUCAGAAGCCUUAGGAACGAUGAGCUGGUUACCGCUGCUAUCCGGGGCAUCAUUGAGAAGACUGGGAUUGACCCUCGUCUUAUCGAAGAAGUCAUCCUCGGCCAUUGUCUUUCUUCAAUGGAAGGGAAUGUGGCUGCAAGAAUGGGUGUUUUGAGGGCUGGAGUGCCGGUCGAGACACCAGUUAUGAUCAUAAACAGAUUGUGCGGGUCUGGGCUAGAGUCUGUUGGGCUUAUUGCUGAGAAGAUUAGAUCGGGUAGGAUAGAGAUAGGGCUUGCUGGAGGAUUUGAGUCUAUGACAUCCUAUGGACUGCCCAAGGAAUACACCCUGAGCAGGGGCGGUGCAUGCGAAGAUGCCGAGGAUUGCAUGCUGACAUUAGGGGAGGUUUCGGAGAUGCUAGGCAAGACCCACGGUGUAACACGCAGUGAGGCUGAUGAGUAUGCAGUGACAAGCCAAAAGAGGGCUCUUGAAGCCACCAAGAAGGGCCAUUUUCUUGCGGAGAUCAUUCCCAUGAGGGUGGGAGAUGAGACUGUUGAGCGUGAUGAAGGGAUAAGGGAGACGUCUCUGGGUACUAUCGAGAGUCUGAAGCCUGUAUUCAGGCAGGAUGGGGUUUGCACGUCGGCCAACUCCUCACAGCUGUCUGAUGGAGCGUCUGCCGUGCUUCUGAUGAAAAGGAGAAGAGCUGAUGAGCUAGGUUUGCCUGUGGUUGCAGAGUUUAUUGAUUUCAUUGCUGUAGGACUUAAGCCCAGAGACAUGGGGCUGGGUCCUGUUGUUGCCAUCGAGAAACUACUAAAGAGGAAUGGACUUGAGAAAGACCAGAUCUCGUACUUCGAGAUAAACGAAGCAUUUGCAUCCCAGGUUCUUUGCUGCCUUCGGAAGCUUCAGAUCGGUGAAGACAGGGUCAAUAGGUAUGGAGGAUCCAUAGCUCUUGGACACCCGAUCGGGGCUUCUGGAGCAAGGAUUGUCUGCACACUGCUGAGUGUUAUGAAAAACGAGGCACUGGAAGGAUAUGGAGUGGCGUCUCUAUGUGUGGGUGCUGGGCAUGGAGUGGCUGCACUGUUCAGAAGAGCCGCUGGAUCCAAACCGCAAGACAUUAAAAACACCUAA